UCUCUCUCUCUCACACACACACACACACACUCUCUCUCUCUCUCUCUCUCUCUCUCUCACUCACACACACACACAAACAGAGACACACACUCUCUCACUCACUCACACACUCACACACACACACAGCUGGCUCGGUUGAGAUUAAUGUGACACUCGGUAUGUUGCAGCAGCAGCCUAUUACAGGCAACGGGCCCAACUCAGGCCGGGGGCUCGCGUUAAACGCUCACCCGGGAAUGCACGCUCUGAACUCGGUGCACCGGCCCGAUGGCGACUCGGGCCUCGAGGGAACAGAAAACGGGCACGACAACAGACGAGACAUUGGGGACAUUUUGCAACAAAUCAUGACCAUCACCGACCAAAGUCUAGACGAAGCCCAGGCGAAAAAACAUGCCUUGAACUGUCACCGAAUGAAACCGGCUUUGUUCAGCGUGCUUUGUGAAAUUAAAGAGAAAACCGGUCUUUCCAUGCGAAACACGCAGGAAGAGGAGCCUCCAGACCCGCAGCUUGUCCGACUGGACAACAUGCUUCUAGCCGAGGGUGUGGCCGGCCCGGAGAAAGGAGGCGGGGCCGCCGCGGCCGUCUCAGCAGCGACCAGCUCCGGCGGUAUGUCUCCAGACAGCUCUCUGGAGCACUCGGACUACAAACAGAAGCUGAGCCAGAUUCGCACGAUUUACCACACCGAGCUGGAGAAAUACGAGCAGGCCUGCAGUGAGUUCACGACUCACGUCAUGAACCUGCUGCGUGAACAGUCGCGUACGCGGCCCGUGUCGCCGCGCGAGAUCGAGCGCAUGGUGGCCAUCAUCCACCGCAAGUUCAGCUCCAUCCAGACACAGCUCAAACAGAGCACGUGCGAGGCCGUGAUGAUCCUCCGCUCCCGCUUCCUCGACGCCAGGCGCAAGAGGCGCAACUUCAGCAAGCAGGCCACGGAGGUGCUGAACGAGUACUUCUACUCCCACCUGUCUAACCCUUAUCCCAGUGAGGAGGCCAAAGAGGAGCUCGCCAAACAGUGCAGCAUCACCAUCUCUCAGGUGUCCAACUGGUUUGGCAACAAGAGGAUCCGCUACAAGAAAAACAUCAGCAAGUUCCAGGAAGAGGCCAACCUUUACGCCAUGAAGACGGCCAUGGGGGCGACGCAGAGAGAGGGAUCGCCCCAAACCCCCAACUCCACCGGCUCAGGGUCCUUCUCGCUCUCAGGGUCAGCUGAUCUCUUCCUUGGAGUUCCUCCAGUGAAUGGAGAGCAGCCUGGCUACCACAUGGGGGCUCAGGACUCACGCUAUUCAGACAGACUCUAUAGUCCCAGAGAGAGCCGGACUAACGGGACCUGGCAGGACCAGAACACACCUCCCUCUCCACCUGGAAGCGAGGGCUCCGACAAUUCGGACUGAUGUCCGCCGCCUUUCCCCGCCGCGUCCGAGAGACGAGAACGGAGGAGAAAAUGGAAAGAACGAUGGUCACUCUUCUGCCAAAGUGCAGUGUUUUUAGUUUCGUUCUUUUUAAAAAAAGAAAAAAAAAAAAGAAGUCAAUAUCUGGAAAGCGUGUGCACGAGAGAGACGGAGGAACUGGCUUUUUAUUUAGGCUCAUGUACUCGGCCGUUCGGUUUUUUAUUUUCAGUUUAUAGUUUUGAUUUUUCACCAUCACUACUUCCACGACUUGUUACUGAAAUAUCUGGGCUCUAAAGAAGGAGGGGAAACUUUAUUAGCUGCAUUACGUCUGCUCUUCUUUAUAACUAUAGUACUAUUGUUACUGUUAUCACUGCUAUACUAAACCUAUAUUGUUUGUUUUGUUGUUUUUUUUGAAGCUCAGAUAGAGAUGAAUUGGCGUGGCUUAAAGGGGCAAUAGAGAAUAAUCCAAAGAUCGUUUUGUCUUCUGUUUUCUUUUGUUGUGCGUUUUUUUUUUUGUGUGUUUCUCUUUUUUACUGUGUGUACCUGUUUUCCGAAUGGGGUGCGUUUGCCGUCUUUAUUCACGGUUUGAAUGCGUAUAUCAACAGUGCUGUCUUUCUCUGUACAGUGAAACACCUGUAUUCUCUACCUCUUUUACAAUAAAGACUGUCUGUGUACACAUUCAGCCA